AUGACCCAGCUCGGCUUCUCGACGGCGCCGCUCGCAGAUUCGCCGGCGGUAACACCUCGCCUUCAGCCCGAGCCGCAAGAGCAGCAGCAGCCCGAGCCUGCGGAGCACGGCGCGACCGCCUUCAGGCUGGCGGAGAAGCAUUAUCAGCUGCAUAGAGACCAGGACAUUCGGAUCAG